AUGACAGACCCAACCACCUCACCUGAUUCCCAAAUCAACCAUGCUGCUUCUCUAAAAUAUUGGAACAGUGUCCCAGCCACUCCGGGCAGCAUGCUUGGCGAGUUCCCUUCAGUCUCGCGCAUUGACCUACAGGGAUCAAAAACUUUCCUUGCCAAGAUCCGGCGUUUAUUGCCAGGCGUCCUACCAGAGGGCAAAUUCCGCCAAGGUGUCGACUGCGGCGCCGGUGUCGGCCGCGUAACAGAAGGCUUCCUGAGCCAGGUCUGUCAAGUGGUAGACGCGGUAGAGCCGGUAGCCAAGUUCACCCAGGUGAUGGAAGACAGCCAAUUGAAAAGAGAUGGCGUCAUUGGGUCUGUCUACACGCGCGGUCUUGAAGAUUGGACCCCCGAAAAGAAAUACGACUUGAUCUGGGUCCAGUGGUGUGUGGGCCAUCUCACGGACUCGCAGCUCACCGAUUAUACCGUGCGGUGUCGUAAGGCGCUGACUGAUGACGGCCUUAUGGUGGUCAAGGAGAACCUGUCUACCCAUUUCGCUGGACAAGAUAUGUUCGACAGUGAGGAUAGCAGUGUCACAAGAACAGAUGCGAAGUUCCGACAGAUCUUUGAGGCCGCCGGGAUGCAGAUUAUCAAGUCAGAACUUCAAAAGGGCUUCCCGACGUCAUUCAAUCUCUUGCCUGUGCAAUUCUAUGCAUUGCGACCGAAGACAACUAAUUAG